AUGGACGACGCUUUAUCACCUGAAGAAUGCCUCGACAUUCUCCGCCUCUCCUUGAAAUCUUCUGAUAGUCUUGUCGCACUUCUAGCAGAGACUAGCGGGGUACCAUCACCGGACCACCUCCGCAAGAUCAUCGCCGCCGUCCUCUGGCAUCGCAAGUUCAUCGUGACAUAUUAUUUAUGGAUUGUCGGUGCAAUCGUUAUUGUGGGUGGCGUCCACUUUGGGAGGGCAGCGCACCGACGCAAGAGAUGGGACAAGAAUGAUCAGAGACUUAUCAACUAUGCGGCUGUCGCACCCAACCCCUCACCCUCAUCAAGCGGUACAUCGACUGGGACAAGUACACCUUCGCAGAAAGAAGAUUGUUUGGACAAUGGAGAGACAACACCCUUGCUGUCACGGUCAUAUCCGACUUCUCGAAGACGGCCACCCCUUGCGGAUCGACUGAAGUCCUUCUUGAUGUUCCAGCCUCGACCCAUCCCAGCACUAACAGCUCCCUCGAACGUCCUCCCGAACAAUGCCAUCACCCUCGCUGUCCUCUUUUUUCUCGCCGUCAACCUUUUCUACCUUUUCUACCGUGUCCCGUUGUCAUUGCCAUGGAUCUUUAUUCUCGCCGAUCGGGCUGGUCUGCUCUUCCUUGCAAAUCUUCCAGUCCUCUACUUACUCGCCGCCAAAAACAACCAGCCGCUCAAAUGCCUGACAGGACAUUCCUACGAAGGACUCAACAUCUUCCACCGUCGUCUUGGAGAGUGGAUGACUUGCUUCGCUGUCAUUCAUAUGUUUGGGAUGCUUGCUGUCUGGUACACCAUCCUCCGUCCUCUAGGCUGGAACCUACUCCGUUAUAUGACUAGCAAAGUCGUUAUUCUCGGUUUCUGUGCAGUGAUUUCGUACUAUCUCAUCUACCUCACGAGCAUCGGUUGGUUCCGCCGUCUUUACUAUGAAUCGUUUCUGGUGGUACACGUCAUAUUCCAGUUCGCCGCUCUGGUAUUUCUUUUCUUCCACUAUCCUACGGCUCAGUUAUACGUCUGCGCGGCCUUUGCAGUCUGGGCCGUCGACAGGCUCCUCUGGCGCAUGACGAUAUCAUCUCGAAAAUUUAUUGCAACUUUGGAAGUUGCUCCAGAUGGGGACACUGUUCUGGUCCACUGCAAUAUUCCGUUGUCCCGCCAAAAUCUUCUUCUGGGGGUACAAACGAAUCUCUACCGCGGGUGGUCUCCCGGCCAGCACGUAUUUCUCACCAUCCCCUCCAUGGGUUUCAAGUACCGCUUUCAGGCGCACCCAUUCACGAUAGCUUCACCGGCUCCAGCAGGAAGUUCAGCGUCUGGAGGAUCGUGGCCUCUUCAGCUCACGAUCCGCGCAAUCGACGGCUUUUCUCUCGACCUUCUGCGCUACGCCCGCCACCAUCAACAUUGUGAAGUCGUUCUUGACGGUCCUUAUGGCAGUACCUCAGCGCUGCACGCAGCACAGUCAGCAGAUCGCGUCUGCUUCGUCGCAGGUGGCAGCGGUAUCGCAGUCACCUAUCCGCUUUCCUGGGCAGUCCGUGUCCGACAGGAUAGCAGCGCAGAUGCAGGACCCUUCCUGAGCACAAGGACCACAUAUGAGAAUGGUGUGAAGACUGUGCCAUCCACUACUGCAGAGUCUGCUCCGGCCGACGGAGACCCCGACUACGCACACUUCUGGGUAAGGCAAGAGGUGCUGCAUGGAAAGUGGAUCUGCAUGGUCCCGCGAGCGAGUGCGGUCAAGUCACUCCACGAUGACGAAGAUGAUCAAGACUCAGCGACCCCUCCUGCUGGAACAGAGCAAGGGAAUGACGAAGCCGGGAGUUUAGUAACGCGGGCAUUCGACACAAGAUCUCCGGGCUGCCAACACGUUCGACCAGAUAUGCAAAGCGAGAUCUACAGCUGGAUCACGUCCGUCUCCUCGUCCUCUCUAGCCGACGCUGCUAGAAAACCUCUUUAUCCUUCAUCGUCUUCCUCCUCUUCUUCUACGACACUAGAGGACUGCUCUCCAGAUCCGCUCCCGUCUUCUUCUUCCUCUUCAUCACAAUCGGCGCUACAAUCCCCCAAACUGAACUUUAAAGUCACGAACGAAUCUAUUUCUUCACGAGCAGACAAGCAGAGCACCGCAGACAGGACCAGGGAGAAGAUCUGCAUCAUCGUCUCCGGCCCAGACGGCCUCGUGCGCGACGUGCGAAACGUCGCUGCCGACCUUGUCCGCCAGGGAGGCUGGGACAUUGAUGUCUGGGCCGAGAAAUUCGGUUGGUAG